AUGGGUAAACCUCAGCCAACGCCUACGCCUUAUCGCGAUGAUCCAGAUGCCGUAUCGUUACACACAACACCUGACGAUUACAACUACAAUGAUGCGCCCGACGUCGAAGAUUUACCCCCAUCAUAUGCCGAUAACCACACUGCACCUGUGAUACAUCACAUUACGCCUACCCCCUCUGGACGGACCAAUCAUUCGGAAUGGUUUCAGCUUAAGAACGGAAAGCCUCAAGUGCCAGAGACUCAGACUCAAAGCAAUCCGAGGUACGAUACGGAUCCAGUGGUGCUUGAGGAGGCAGUGCGCUCGCUGGCCAACCAGGCUCCUUACCCACUGGUCUAUAUCAUGGGGACGCACCGAGAAACGGUCAAGCGGGGCGAUAAGAAGGAGACGAAAGAUAUCACAGACUUCAGGAUCGUCAUCGACCUCCAGCACCAUCUGCGACAGGCAGAGAUGACUCUCAGGACGGUUGAGAAUAGUGAAAAGACGUAUCGAGGGAGCAUCACGAAAUGCCGCGCACCUGGACACAAGCAGGGAAUCGAGGUCGGCGAUGCGAGCCCUACACUCAAGGAAUGGUGUCACCGUUACUGCGCUUCACCCAGGUUGCUGAGAAUCUUCCGUCUACGCCGCGUUGUCACAGGUUUCGAAGAAGAAUACCUAAAGAAACGCCUCGAAGGCUUGAUCCGCAGCACCAACUAUCGAGGUCACAUCAGUGUGACUUUCCCAGUAGAGAACAGGAACGUCGAUCUGUACACGACGAACCGUAUCAAUCAAUGGCGUCUAACAACGUGGAUCCGCUGGGUAUUCUACCUGACGUUCCUCUGGAUCUUUACUUGGCCUGCACUAUUCUUUGCUACGAAGCGCUACGCAGUCCUCAAAGCAGAAUGGCCAUGGUCAACGACUGAUAGUCAAGGCAUCAAGCAAUAUACUACAAUUAGUGAGGAGCAAUGGUUCGCGAAAUGGCACGUAGGCAUCAGACGCCUUGUCUUGGACCGCUACCAGUGUGAGGCGAGCGAAGAAGUCCUACGUGGCGUCAUUGCCCGAGACGAAGAUCCACCUAUGCCGGGGACUCUUCGGACGGGCCACCAAGGUGUGGACUCGACCGUUAGUUUGCUCACACAGGGUUUCCAAGUCGCUCGUGCUCUUUCCCAUGGCGACAACCUUGGACGCGGAGUCCAAGGUGGCUGGGGAUAUGAUACAUAG